AUGCUCCCCGUGGACCUCAAAAGGGGAUUUGUUUAUCAGAGAACCGAUGAGGAGGCGGUGGUGGAUCGUGGAGGCACACGCUCCAUGCUCAAUACUAACUUUGAGAAGGAAGAACUAGAAGGUCACCGCACCCUUUACAUUGGAGUGCAUGUUCCCCUGGGCAGGAGGUCACACCGACGUCACCGUCACCACGGACACAGGCACAGGAAGAGGUCCAAGGAGAGGGACUCUGCCACUGACGAUGGACGAGAAUCCCCCUCGCACACAGACACACCAGCUCAGAGGGUGCAGUUUCUGCUGGGCACAGAGGACGCUGAUGAGGAGCACAUCCCUCACGCCCUGUUCACCGAGCUCGACGAAAUCUGCCUCAGGGAGGGUGAGGAUGCCGAGUGGAGGGAGACAGCCAGGUGGCUUAAAUUUGAGGAAGAUGUCGAAGACGGGGGCGAGAGGUGGAGCAAACCCUACGUGGCAACUCUGUCUCUACAUAGUCUUUUUGAACUCCGCAGCUGCAUCAUGAAUGGCACUGUGAUGCUUGACAUGAGGGCCAACUCACUGGAGGAGAUUGCAGACAUGGUUCUGGAUCAGCAUGAGGUCUCCGGCCCUGUAGGACAAGAUGCCAGAAGGAGGAUCCGGGAGGCCCUGCUUAAACAGCACCACCACCAAAAUCAUAAGAAACUGGCUAACCGUAUCCCUAUUGUACGCUCUUUUGCUGAUAUUGGCAAGAAGCAGUCCGAGCCUCAUUCCAUGGACAAGAAUGGCCAAACAGUUGCGCCUCAGAUGCAGCCGGCCAACAACGAGGGCAAACAGGACGUCAGCCGAGAAAACAGCGCCGUCGACUUCAGCAAGAUUGACCUCCACUUCAUGAAAAAGAUCCCACCUGGAGCUGAAGCAUCCAAUGUUUUGGUAGGGGAGCUGGAUUUCCUGGACCGACCUGUGGUGGCCUUUGUCCGCCUGUCCCCUGCUGUGCUGCUCAACGGCCUAGCUGAAGUUCCCAUCACCACCAGGUUUCUCUUCAUCCUGCUUGGUCCCCUGGGAAAAGGUCCUCAGUAUCAUGAAAUCGGUCGUUCUAUUGCCACGCUGAUGACGGAUGAGAUUUUUCACGAUGUCGCUUACAAGGCCAAAGACAGGAAUGACCUGGUGGCAGGCAUUGAUGAGUUUCUGGAUCAGGUGACAGUAUUGCCACCUGGCGAGUGGGACCCGUCAAUCAGAAUAGAGCCCCCUAAAAAUGUGCCCUCUCAGGAAAAGCGUAAGAUCCCCCCGCUUCCCAACGGAGUGACAGAUCUCGGAGAGCCUGAGGGACACGGGGGGCACGGUGGCCCUGAGCUUCAGCGAACUGGGAGGCUCUUUGGGGGGUUUGCCCGGGACAUCAAGCGAAAGGCUCCUCACUACCUUUCAGACUACACAGAUGCCCUCAGUCUUCAGUGUCUGGCCUCCUUCCUCUUCCUUUACUGCGCCUGCAUGUCGCCUGUCAUAACCUUUGGAGGACUCCUGGGUGAAGCCACAGAGGGACGCGUGAGUGCGAUCGAGUCAUUAUUCGGGGCUUCCAUGACUGGGAUAGCCUACUCUCUUUUUGCCGGGCAGCCCCUUACCAUCCUGGGCAGCACCGGCCCCGUUCUCGUCUUUGAGAAGAUUCUCUUCAAGUUUUGCAAGGAAUAUGGCCUCUCCUACCUCUCCCUGAGGGCCUGCAUUGGCCUGUGGACAGCCUUUUUCUGUCUACUACUGGUGGCCACAGAUGCCAGCUCCCUUGUCUGCUACAUCACACGCUUCACAGAAGAGGCUUUUGCCUCGCUGAUCUGCAUCAUUUUCAUCUACGAGGCCCUGGAGAAGCUACUUCACCUGGGGCCCAGGGAACCGAGCAACGACACUCUGCGCCUUUGGGAGGAGAAAAACAUCACUGCCUCACAGGUCAACUGGACCUCGCUAGAGGUCAAGGAGUGCGAGAUGUUGCACGGGGACUUUGAGGGAAGCGCCUGUGGCCCCCAUGGCCCUUAUAUCCCGGACGUCCUCUUCUGGUGCGUGGUCCUCUUCUUUUCCACCGUUUUUAUGUCCGCUUUCCUCAAGGAGUUCAAGACCAGCCGCUACUUCCCUACCAAGGUGAGGGCCAUCAUCAGCGACUUCGCAGUCUUCAUCACCAUCCUCACCAUGGUGUUAGUAGACUACGCUUUGGGGAUCCCCUCACCAAAAUUGCAGGUCCCCAACAAGUUUAAACCGACCAGGGACGACCGGGGCUGGGUGAUAAACCCCGUUGGACCCAAUCCCUGGUGGACCACCAUUGUCACCUGCAUCCCUGCGCUGCUCUGCACCAUCCUCAUCUUCAUGGACCAACAGAUCACAGCUGUCAUUAUUAACAGGAAAGAGCACAAACUGAAGAAAGGCUGCGGCUAUCACCUGGACCUGUUUGUGGUGGGCUUGAUGCUUGGCGUGUGCUCGGUAAUGGGCCUGCCGUGGUUCGUGGCAGCCACCGUGCUCUCCAUCUCACACGUGAACAGCCUGAAGCUGGAGUCGGAGUGCUCGGCUCCUGGGGAGCAGCCCAAGUUUUUGGGCAUCCGAGAGCAGCGCUUCACUGGCCUCAUGAUCUUCACCCUGAUGGGCUGCUCCGUCUUCAUGACCUCUGUGUUGAAGUUUAUCCCCAUGCCAGUGCUGUAUGGAGUCUUUCUAUACAUGGGGGCUUCCUCCCUCAGAGGCAUUCAGUUCUUUGACAGAGUGAAGCUGUUUGGCAUGCCGGCCAAGCAUCAGCCGGACUUCAUCUACCUUCGCCACGUACCGCUAAGGAAGGUGCACCUCUUCACCAUCGUCCAGCUCAGCUGCUUAGUCCUGCUCUGGGUCAUCAAAACCUCCCGAGCUGCCAUUGUUUUCCCCAUGAUGGUUUUAGCCCUGGUUUUCAUUCGCAAGUUAUUGGACUUAAUUUUCACAAAGAGAGAACUGAGCUGGUUGGAUGACCUGAUGCCAGAGUGGAAGAAGAAGAAACUGGAGGAUGCUGAAGAAGAGGAAGAACACAGUAUUAUAGCAGAGGAGGAAGGCAUUGUGCAAGUUCCUUUGGAAGGGCACUACAAGAGUGACCCGGCCACAGUCAACAUCACUGACGAGAUGUCCAAAGGGUCUUUCGGGAGCGCGUGGAAAAGCGUCAGCCCUGGUGAGAGCACUAAAAAGGAACCGAGCGCUAAAAGUUGUGCCGGAGGCGGUGAAAAGCGACACAAGCGGCGGAAGCAUGAGAAGAGCUUGGACAGGGAGACAAGUUUGUGA